CUUACCCCGCCGCGGAACGCAGGCCAAGUACUAGUACACAAAGAAAAGAGGACUGAUUGAGCGCGCACUGGUAGAAGAGAGUACAAGAGAGCUGCGGCACGCCGCCCGGUCAGGCGGCUCUCUACCCCUUCCUACAACCGAUUUGGGGCCCACCUUCCGAAUUAAUUAGAUAUAAGAUUUAGUUCACGUCCGUAAUUUACAUUUCAUUUCAUUUCAUUUCAGUUACAUUUAGAGAAUACAAACAGAAAGGCUCUAGAGUUUAGUCCAAAAAAAAUCAAAGCAGCGUUGAUUAGAGCAUCAGAGAGAGCCAUUGCUUUGCUUCGCUUCAGCCAUUUGAAGAUUUGACUUUGACUCUUAACUUGGAAACAAACAAAAAAUUGAAAAGGAAAAACAGGAGCGCACAGCAAAAGCAACGAGUAAGAUAAAAAGAAAAGAAAUAAUAAUAAUAAGUAAAUAAAAAUAUAAUACUGAUAAUAUUAUUAUAAUAAUAAUAGUAUAAAAAUUAUUAAAAUAAUAAAAGCUGAAAGAAGAAAAGUCCUAACUUUCCUCCCUCUUUCCUCCGCUCCUAAAACCUGAACAAGGACUGGAAGGAAAAACCACCCCCAAUAUAUAGAGACGCGCCUCUCACUUCUUCCUCUCAAUCAGUUCGCUCUUCACCCAUCAACGACUAAACCGAGAGACCUCUCUCUCUUUCUCUCCAUCAAUUCUCUUCGAUCUCUUCAAUUCAACAAGGAAAACACACAACCUUUCGGAGAAAGAAGCAGACUCUGGUUUCACCUAAAUCCUAUCCCAUCUCUCGACAGAAUAGAAUAUUAGGUAAGCGCAACCUGUCUUCUGGUUUUUUGUUUGUUUGUUACAGGAUGAUUUGUUGGUGGGGUUUCAGUUUUGAUUUGGUGAAAAAAGUUUGAAACUUUGGUUCUGGGUUUUGCUUGGAUUUGGGCUAUUUCUUCUUCGAAGACUCCUCAAGUCUUCGUUUGGGGGGUUUGGAUUUGACUUGCGGUGGUUUUAUAGCUCUCUUUGUUUCCCUGUUCCUUUUUGUGUUGUGAAGUUUGGUGGGGUUUCAAUUUUAGGUAGGAAUAAGCUGAGAUGUAAUAGAGUUGCGGAUUUGAGGGUUUGCUGAUUAAAAUUUCUAUCCCCGGCUCUGUUGAAUUGAAUUCUUCUUGUUCAGCUAUCAUUAGAACCUUCUGGACUUAGGGUUUUCUUUUCUUGUCCUACUACUGUUGAGUUGAGGUGUUCUGGUUAGACUUUUUGGCACGUCUGUUGUUGUGAAUUUGGUUUAACGCGGUGUCUGACAUAAGAUUGGUUGAAAAUUCCUUAUUGCAGGAUCUACUUAUGUGCAAAGGCUCCAAGACUGCUCUUUCGCCUUCCAACUCCAACAACAUGGAAGAGCCUUCGUUUAAGCAGAAAGGCAACACCUUGUCUAGGUGCUCAGUUCUGCUCGAGCUUGCUGCCUCUGACGAUCUAGUUUUCUUCAGAAAUGAAGUCGAAGGCAAAGGGCUGGAUGUUGAUGAGGCAAGCUACUGGUAUGUCAGAAGAAACGCCUCUCGGAAGAUGGGUUUUGAACUCAGAACCCCUCUCAUGAUUGCUUCCUUGUUCGGAAGCACAAGCGUGGUGAAAUACAUCGUUGCAACUGGGAAAGUCGAUGUCAACAGAGCUUGUGGCUCAGAUAAGGUCACCGCCUUGCACUGUGCUGUAGCUGGGGGCUCGAAUUCCUCGGUGGAGAUCGUCAAGGUGUUGCUUGAUGCUUCAGCUGAUGCUGAUUGUGUUGACCUUAAUGGAAACAAGCCGGCGGAUCUCUUCAUGCCUUCCUCCAAGUGCCCUUGCAACUCGAGGAGGAAGCUGAUCGAGUCAUUGCUCAAGGGUGAGAGCUUGAGUGAAGACGAGGAAGAGAAGAUUAUCAUAGCUGUUCCAGCUCAGCUAGCUAAAGAAGGAGCAAAUGAGAGGAAAGAGUAUCCUAUCGAUGUGUCUCUCCCUGAUAUCAACACCGGGGUAUAUGGUACCGAUGAGUUCAGGAUGUAUUCAUUCAAGGUCAAGCCCUGCUCGAGGGCAUAUUCCCAUGACUGGACCGAGUGCCCCUUUGUCCACCCUGGGGAGAACGCGAGGAGAAGGGACCCAAGGAAGUACCCUUACAGCUGUGUCCCUUGCCCUGAAUUCCGUAAGGGCUCGUGCCAGAAGGCUGAUUCCUGUGAGUAUGCUCAUGGUGUGUUCGAGUCGUGGCUGCAUCCUGCUCAGUAUAGGACAAGGCUUUGCAAGGACGAGACUGGUUGUGGGAGGAAAGUGUGUUUCUUUGCUCACAAGGUUGAGGAGCUGAGGCCGGUCCAUGCCUCCACAGGUUCAGCUAUGCUUUCUCCUCCUAGGUCGUCUGCUUCCGGAAUGGAGAUGGCUUCUUUGAGCCCGCUUUCUCUGGGUUCGAUGUCUAUGCCGAUGCCAACCGGCUCCACACCCCCCAUGUCACCUUUAGCAACGGCUUCUUCGUCUCCAAAGGCUGGGGGGUUGUGGCAGAACAAGAUCAAUUUCACCCCACCUGCGUUGCAGCUUCCAGGAAGCAGGCUGAAGACUGCUAUGAGUGCCAGAGAUUUUGAUCUGGAGUUGGAGCUGCUCAGGUUCGAGAACAAGACCAACCAAUUGCAGCAGCAACAGUUGAUGGAAGAGAUUUCAGGGCUCUCCUCACCAACCUGCUGGAGAGACAUGAACCCUACUAACCUCGACGAUGCAUUCGGAUCGCUCGACCCUUCUCGGAUGCAUUCGCCAACCGGUCUUCAAAUGCGCCAGAACGUGAACCAACUCCGUUCCAGUUACCCUUCCAACAUGUCAUCGUCUCCUCAAUCGGUGAGGAAGAUGGGGUCAUAUGGAGGGUUCGAUUCUUCCGCUGCAGUGGCUGCUGCUGUGAUGAACUCUAGGUCCUCAGCUUUUACAAAAAGGAGCCAGAGUUUCAUCGACCGUGGUGCAGUAGCCAACAACCGCCAUGGUUUCUCCGGACCAGCAGCCAACUCGGUUUCGAUGAUGUCAUCCCCCAACCAUCUCUCCGAUUGGGGCUCACCUGAUGGGAAGCUCGACUGGGGAAUGCAAGGAGAUGAGCUGAACAAGCUCAAGAGGUCUGCUUCUUUCGGGUUCAGAGGCAGCAACAACAACAACAACAGUCCCACAACCAGGCCUGCAAGUUUGGCGAUGUCGAGCAAUGGCGAGCCUGAUGUGUCAUGGGUUAACUCAUUGGUUAAGGAGGUUCCAUCCGGCAUCGAUGGAGGUGUUCGUGAGAAUCGUCUCAGCCACGGGAGUGGCGGCGUUCGUGAGUCAUCCAUUCCACCAUGGAUGGAGCAGAUGUAUAUAGAGCAGGAGCAGAUGGUGGCAUAAGCUCAAGUCGGGGUAAGAGUGGGAGAAACCUCCCUUUGAUGUUCCUGAGGAUGAAGAUGGUGAUGAUGAUCAACCUGACAGUUGUUUUCUUCUUUUUAUUAUUAGAUUCAUCUCGCAAUUGUUGUUAGUAAUCUCUUAUUUACUAAUUGUGUUCGCAUUCUCUGAGCAAAAGUGAGGAGGCACAGAAAAAAAGGGAAAACUAGGAUCAAACUCGUAGGUGCAAAGAUAAGGUGAUUAUAUUCUUUAAUUAAAUUCAAUAUAUAUAUCUCUUCAUAUAUUUGUUAUUGUAUUAUCUCUGCUUGUACUCCUCUCUUCCUCUAUGUUUGAAGAUUGAGGGAGGGGGGAGAGAGAUAGAGUCUGUGUUGUUGUUCUUCCCCUGUAACCUCUUUGAUAAUAAUAAGGAAAAUGGUAGAGAAGGGCCAUUUCUGUUCUAUGUAUGUUCUUGUUUGUUGUUUCCUAGUUCCUACGUAUGACUCUAUCUCCCUGGCAAUAGUAGUACUCAUAAGAUGAGUUUGAUUUGGUCCAAAGUCUAAACCUGGCAUCGUUUUCGUCUUCUGUCUCUGUCGCAAGUCUUAUUUCUAGAUGAUGGUGAUCUCUUAGGAAGCCAACAGGCUUACUGCUUACAGCCUUACAGAUGACGGAUGGAAAAGGUUGCAAUUUUUGAAUCUCUCUGGCUACGGCUACCUUGAUGAUUAUAAAUAUAUAUAUAUAUAUAUAUGUUGAAGCUGGAAGUUUUUUGCUGGACUGUGGUGGCGCCAUGGCGCUGUGGUCUGCGCGCUGCGGCAGAGCCGCCAUGAGAAUAGGGGUGUGAUGACAAGCGCAAAGAGAAUAUGCACCAGAAUCACCUCUGUUUGUCAUGUAAGUUUGUAGCUGUGAACUUGUGGCGACGUCAUACCACCGUAUUAUCUGUUACCACGGUUUCAGUGGGUUUAAUGAUCUCUGAUUUGGAUUGCAUUUUCUAGGCUGGUGUAAUUGUUCUGGGUUAGUGGGUGGGUAGAAAGGGGAAGCAUUUUCGUUUCUCCACCAUGAAAUGAAUUGUCAAAAGGACAGAUGUCGUUAAGGUAAUGGAAUAAUUGGGCCGACCAUGACCUGGGGGGACGAUGGCCAUGCUUCCUCUUUUCUUUUUGGGGAUUGGGGGAUUUUGAUUAAUCAAACAAGGAGAAGAAAGGGAAACCAUAGAAAAUGAAAACAAAUUAUUAGUAAGGAGCUGCCUGCUUUCUUUCGUUCAUUCAUUCAUUCAAUAUCGUUGUCAUCAGCAGCAUUAUCGUUGGAGGACGCUCUCUUUAUCUCUCUCUCUCUCUCUCUCUCUCCGGCCAGCAGCGGCCAAGAAGUAGAAUCCACAAUGAGAAUUGACAGCUCCAGCCCAUUCCUCUGCUGCCUUUUUUCUCUCAUUCAUUCUGCAUUUUCUUUUCUCCGCUCCUUUCUUUUGAUUAGGCGUGCGCUGGCCUGGCCUGGCCUGCGUUUAGAGUUUAGAGUAUUAUUGUAUUAUUGGUUGGCACUUGGCCGGCCGCCUUAUCUUCAAUAAACCACCUCUCCGAUUGGCGUCUUCUUUCUUUUCCCCAUAUUUUCUUGCCUUUUGCUCCCCACAGCUCUCUCUCGCACAUAUUAUUCUAUUCUUUUACGUACGCGAAUGUUAGGAGCAACGAUAUUAUGGAACCAGUGGUCACUUGUUUCUGAGUUUAUAUUUUCUGGAAGAAUAAUGAUAUGAUGAAAUUAACUUCGCCACGCCAAGUGUCAUAUGGAGUUUUGCUCUAUUAUGAUAACGUCCUUUACUCCUACAGCUUAUCUGGAAUCAAUUCCAUAGAAAAAUAAGCUGAGAAUCAAGCUUCAUGUUUUUAUUAUUAUUAUAAAUAAUUGUUCUCCAGAACAAUUCCUAUAUCAUCGAACGAAGAGAAAUAAUUGAUUUUCUAGUGAGAGGAAGGUGGAUAUGGUUGUCAAGAUUGUAAUAAGUAAUAGUUAAUGAA